GGGCACUUUAUAAGGCUGAUCCAAAGGAUGAAACACCCUCAGAAUCCAACCUUCCCGCUCACUUGAUGGAGUUGGACACUGGUUCCACUACAUCCUGGGCGUAUCAUCUCGUCGCAAAUGCCUCUAUAUGGGAAUCCUAAGGAAUCCAAAUGGGCUUCGUCUGCACCAACCCUAAUUGUCGACAUCGGCCAGAAGACGCAGACUGCUAUGGGUGUGACUUGACAGGCUGGCGAUGCUGCAAAUGCCAUCACAUUUUACGAACCGAGUUCCAACCACGUGCGGCCUCCCCGCGCGCCUCGUCACCUGCCUCCUCAAUUGGAAGCGUCGAUUCUGGCACUUCUGUACCUCCAGGAUCGAAGAAACGUUGGCCGAAGAAUGUGUUUGCGAGCUGGAAACAGCAAGCUAACGGCAAAAUAUCAACGGAAAUACAGUCCGUGCAAGCCCAGGAAGAGAUUGCGGCAGGUGGGGCAGAGAAAUCACCUGUGUAUGUGAAUGCGAAGCAAUUCCAUCGUAUUCUCAAGCGACGUGUUGCCCGGCGGAAGCUGGAGGAGCAGCUUAGACUUUCCUCCAAAGGGCGGAAUGGUCUGCACGAGUUCGGGCGCAAUCACCCCAUGCGCAGACCUCGCGGGCCUGGUGGUCGAUUCCUGACGGCCGACGAGUUGGCCGCCCUGGGAAUCGACUUCGUCGCUGGGGGGGCUGUCCAAUGAGCGAACUGAUCCGGAGGCCUGCCGGGGCGUACACAGACCGACAGGCUCGAGUUGGUGUCUUCAACACCAAGAGCGAUCGAGCUGCGCACGAAGGGUCGCACCGAGACAGUUUCUGGUGCGAAAUCUGUGGGCAUUUUUUCUUCCAAUCCGGGUAUCUGAUGCGACAUAUGCAGAUUACCCAUGCGUUCUUCUAGACAGAUGCACAUUACCGCACUCUUUGGCAAGAACAGUAUACCUUUUUAGGUGACUAUCUUCCUCAUUGUGCCAAUCUUGAACGGCCUCCUCGCACCCCAUACCCCAACAGGAGCUACGUCGGGCUCUCCCUGCCGAAGGAAUCCCCGUCGAAGCCAGUACUCAGCAACGCCGACGCCUUCGACAACAGAUACCCACAAAGAUGUGGAUUCUGCCAUAUAAUCUUGGAUAGGGACGCUCCCAUGAGCCCGAUCUUGAGCUGUGUGCGUUUGCUCCCACGAAGUCCGCAAAUGCUACACCAAGGCGUCGAGGCACUUGAUCACCAGACCCUUUCCACGAUAGCGGGACUCAUUCCUCGCCGCGCACAGAGUGACUUCCCAAUCUGCAGGGUUAUUCUGGGAUGAUUUUGAAACCAAGGACUCCAUGGCACCUUUGCGAGUGAAAUUGAAGGUUUGCCACGCCCACGUCUCAACCGCUCUGCCUUCCCGUGGCUUUAUACAUGCGACUGCAACAGGCUAAUCUGCUGACUCGUGGUUGUCUCUCUGUGCUGUUACUGCUCCGGCCCAGAUACGUAUGACAAUCUUAUUGUUGGAAGCUCUCAGCGUCGCAAAAGAUGGAAGAGAAGUCUUGCGGGGUAGACAGGGUCAAUUGAAGCCACGACCUUAGAGGAAAUACAUAAACGUUCAUGUUAAAGGAAACAAGAAUAUCCAGAGACGAUGUCAAAUCUA